GAUAAUUUGCACGUUUAAUUCCAGCCGGGUUGACUCAGAGAUUCGAGUUAUUGUCACUCAUACUCGCACAGUUGAGUAAUUUUGCUAUGCAUCCGCUCACUCCAAGCAAAAUCUCAAAAUUUGGACAAACAGAGAGAAGAGAUUAAUCAACGUAUCCAGAAGCUAGAAGCUGAAUGGAAGCAAGCAACCAAACGAAGCACCAACACAAUCCAACCAAACCAAUACGUUGCAUCGUCAAACUCGGAGGAGCAGCAAUCACUUGCAAAAAUGAAUUAGAGCAAAUUAAUGGACAGAAUCUUGAGGUAGUUUGUUCACAGUUGAGGCAAUCUAUGAUCCCUUCUGGAAAGGUUGUUGGAAUGGAUUGGAGCAAGAGGCCUGGAAUUUCAGAUGUUUCUUGCAAUGUACAUGAGUUUGAAGAUCAGCUUAGUGUGGAUUCUCACAAGUUUGUUGUUGUUCAUGGAGCAGGUUCUUUUGGGCACUUUCAGGCUAGCAAGUCUGGGGUUCACAAAGGAGGAUUGGACCAACCCCUUGUGAAGGCUGGUUUUGUUGCCACUCGCAUUUCCGUUACAACUCUGAAUCUUGAGAUUGUUAGAGCACUAGCCAGAGCAGAGGGUAUUCCGUCUGUUGGGAUGUCUCCAUUUUCAUGUGGAUGGUCAACCUCUGGGAGAAAUAUAGCCUCAACUGAUUUGUCAGUGGUGGACAAUGCAAUUAAAUCUGGAUUUGUACCUGUUCUACAUGGGGAUGCAGUACAUGACAACUUACAGGGAUGCACCAUAUUGAGUGGAGAUGUUAUUAUACGACAACUUGCAGCAGAUUUGAAGCCUGAAUAUGUUGUUUUUCUUACAGAUGUUUCGGGCGUAUAUGACCGCCCACCGACAGAACUUAAUGCAGUCCUUUUGAGAGAAAUUGCUGUGGCUGAAGAUGGAAGCUGGUCUGUCAUGAAACCAGUGCUUCAAGACAUUAAUAAGCAAGUCGAUUUUACGGUGGCAGCCCAUGAUACAACUGGGGGGAUGGAGGCCAAGAUAUCUGAAGCUGCAAUGAUCGCAAAACUUGGAAUCGAUGUCUACAUUGUACAGGCAGCUACAAGCCACUCUUUGAGGGCUCUUAGAGGAGAAUUAAGGGGCAAUAUACCCGAUGACUGGCUUGGGACAGUUAUCCGUUUUUUGAAAUAGAAGGGGCAAUAGACGAAUGGUUGGGAUUUUAUUUCUGAACAUUGGAAGUAAUUGAGUUUUAUCCCAAGAUAAAUAACAUAAUGGACAUUAUGUCUUACUGGAUGUCAAGAUUUAAUUACCAAAAACACAAAAUUGACUCUUUCAUACAUAGGUUUGGAACACAAAGCGGCUGACCAUUGAUGCGACAACGGAUGAGUAUUUUUGGGAAACUUGUUAUGGUUGUAAGUUAUCACUUUUCCUAAUGCAAUGAUUUUUAAUGUCUCA